GCCUGUAGGACGAGGCUGAGCGAGCGGUGAGCAACAAUCGAUCUGGGAGUGUAAUUAUAACUGUAUGACGCCCGUCACCGACGUAAUCUGUUGCAACAGUCGCACAGUGGUACAUCGCGGCCAUGAACUAGUAUACCGCUUCUUCGAGAUGUCAAUGUGAUCCAGGCAUCGAUGCGCGCCAGGAGGGCUUACCCGUGGUCCAUGAGUGAGGCGAGAAACGACCACUGGCUUCUGGAUGUUCAUCUGCUCUCCGUAUUUCUUGUCUCUGGCCAGUAUUACCUGUCGCUUUUAGGACGAGCACCACAGUACCUACAGCGUGAUGGCAAAGGUACUGGUUGUGGUACGCUCGGCGACCCCAUCCAGCGAAUUCGCGAUGUACAAACUACCACGUUGCCAUCGAGUUUGCGCACUUUGACAGCUUGGUCGCACGCUUUUACAUUCGGUCAGUAUCCUCGCUUGCUGAAUGGAUACUGAUACCCUUGCAUUGCACACCGCAUGCAUUUCGAUAUUCAACCAGCCUUAUCGAUGGCUGUCGAUACAGUACGAAUGACCGCGACUUUUGGGGCCAGGAGGCGUUCAGCGACACGUA